AUGCUUACGCAACAUGGCGUUCUGGCCAACUCUUGUCCGCGAGCUGAGCCUUUGUUUCGCCUUGUCCAGCUUGGGUUGCGACCCAUCCUCCAGGCCAAGCCUACUUUUCCUCGUCGAACAGAUGCUCAAUCCGUUGUCAAGGCGUUUCCAUUGCACUUGGCCAAUUGCCACGACGCAUGGCUUCAUUUGGCAUGUACAUGCCCGUCAGGCAGUUACCCGGUCGUCCUUGGCGAAAGCAGAAGCCCUGACUACACACCAGUUGACUUCGACAGCGUGAAUGUGGCGCAGGGAAGCGGAGGCUGGACGGAUCCGUCUGCCAAUGUGGCAGAAGGAGGAAGUAGACAUGACCUUGGAGACGGUCCAGCGCCGGGCGAUGGGCCACUCGGUCAAGAGAUGGUCGUCUGCCUACCAGGUUUUCGGGCCUAUAGAUUGGGAGCCAAUGCAUUGCUUGAGAUAGUGGGACGGAUGGACGAGAAGUCAACACCCUUUGGGGUCGGGGCUCGAGUGCAGCAUCCUCUGAACUCGGUUGCCCGCCCGAGAGCGGCUUUAGAGGCCGGUCAACUUCCUCCAUGGGCUAGGAGCGGCGGUUCUACUCUCCAGACUAUCUGGAGCCAGUCCGAUACAGACUUGUCGCAAGUUAUGGGUAGCAGAGAGAGGAGCACUGCCAUCGGCGAAGGGAUGAAGACCAACGCUACUUAUAAAAAUAAUCUAAAAAGCCGAGUCAUGAGUGGGGAAUCACGAAGGAAUUUGGGCAAAUCGACUUCAAAUUUGGCUUUAAUAUCACAUUUUCGAGGUAUAGCCGAGGCUACAAAUAAUCGGCAUGGAAAUGAUGUAAAGAGAACACUUAAAACAAUCAGCGAAGAACCCAUUCAGAAUAAAGAGUAUUUUAGCAUGAAAGAAAAGCAAGAAUUCUUCCAAAUUCGUAUCAAAACGCGUAGAUCCCAUGGCAUCUUGGCAGCGAUCUAUAAAGAUGAAAUGAACUACAUACUUCUAACGGUAAUCAUACUUUAA